AUGUCGGACCCAAGCGCCACCGUGACGCUCGUCCCCCUCUUCGAAGACCUCUACCCUCUGCGUACCCUUACCAUCACCGACAAUGAUAAGACCGUGCCUAUCGGACGUGCCUCAAAGCGUGAAAAUCGAAACCGGAAUCCUACAGCAGAGAACGCUUGGUUUGAGUCUCAGGUCAUGUCUCGUGACCAUGCUUUGCUUAAGAUACUACCAAACCAAAAUAUGGUUUUCAUCACCGACUGUGGCUCAACACACGGGACUUUCCUAAAUGGUGGAAAGCUGGUGACAGACGUGAAUACCCCGCUGCGCAAUGGAGACAUCAUCCGAUUCGGUGUCGAUGUUGACCGUGGCCAAGAAGUUUUUGAGCCCAUCGAAGUCAGCUGCAAGGUUGAGUGGCUCAAACCCCAGCAUGUGGUUAUUCCAGAUGAUAGUAUUUCUAUCAAACCGGAUCCAAGUCCGUCAACCAACAGUUUCUCUGUCCCCGAAGACGAUAGCGAUAUGGAGGACACCGACCUACCCAGUGAUGACUCUUCUAAGGAGUCCGUUGCUCGAUCUUGGGAAACUACUGUUCUGCAGCCUAUGGAUACAUCUCUAGUUUCUCCUGCCUCGAGUGUCCAGAGUGCCCAGAGCGACGAACAUUCAAAGGACGGGGGCAACCCCUUUUGGGGAACUAUGUUUGCUACCAAGGAGCCUAUCUCCAAGAUUGUGCCCGACCCUACCCCACUGGUCCCGGAUCUUCUUAGCCCACUGCCUGAUACCAAACCGGUCUCCGACACCAAUCCAUCUCCCGCCAAACUGGUCUCAGAUGCCAAAAUAUCUCUCGCUGAGUCGGCCUCUGCUGAACUUCCAUCUGAACAACAAGCACAUGAAGAUAGCCUUCCUGCAAUCUGCUACCAGAAAGUACCUGAAAUUCGUUACAGCGAUUGGACCAUGAUGCGACCUAUGUUCAUGCGCCUGGCAGACAUGGCUUGGGGUGAAUCCAACAACAUACCCGACGUUGACCACGACAGGCGCAUCAUCCACGCUGCGCGCCGUUGUUCUAUUUCCCAAGAUUCGUACUGGGUAGAUGAUACCCCUAGCUUCCGACCUUGCGUUGGGACAGAAGUCUACUGGGAGCCUGACUCCGAGGACUCGGACACAUCGUUCCAUCGUAUGCCCGGCAACCUUCUUCGGUACUGGUCAGUCGAUAAGCGAAGAUAUUGGGUCAUCAAUGAAGAUGAAGGCGGCGAGCGGGUGAGCAAUUGGUGGUGGAUCGUUGAAAAGCCACUGGAGCUUCUCAGCGAGGACCUGAAGCGCCAGCUGGAGACUGAGACUGAGGUUGAAGACUGUCACAAAUGCUGGAUCGUGAGGGCCUGGGAGCCCCGAAUGAUCGGAGAUCGCUGGUGCGAUGUGGCUCCUUACUGGGAUCCGAAUUUCGAUGAGAACUGGCUCUCUGAUGACCAGUCCGUUGAUUCAGACGAAGAAGCUCAAGAAUACGAGGAAUACACAACUAAGUCGGAUGCUCUUAGUGAUUCCUCGGAGAGCUACCCCAGAUAUCCAUGUCUCAUGUACGACAGCGACUCGCUUCACGGAGACGGCUGUGAAAUGUCGGACGACUCCGAGGAAGAAGACUUUGAGGAAGAUUAUGACGAGGACCUUGAGGGAGAUGGCGAGAUCUCUGAUGAAUCCGAAAAUGACUCUGAUUGCUCUGACAAUGGGUGUCUUGAACACCAUAUUCCACAGAAUCCUGAUAUCCGUUCCUUGCUUGGUCCGGAGCUUGUGAAGAAACUUGAACGUGACAACAACACUGAUGCCGUCGAAGUGCCCAAGCAUGUAUCUGCAAAGCCUUUUGAGGGCCAGUCACUGAACCCCGCACGGAUCGAGAGCAAACCAUUGAUGGGACAGACUGCUCCUGGUAUGACAAACCCAAGUGCUCGGUUCCCGACACACACUGUUUCUGGUGAGCUGCCAAGUUCAUGUCAGAACAAAUACCCACCAAUGCAACGGAAGAUUGAGAGCAUUGUUGGGGUACCGUCCUUGUCCCAUGAAUUCAAAUAUCCCUAUCACGAUGGACCAUUCUCGACCGGCUAUCCCGCGGAAGAUGCCUGCCUCGCAACAUUUAGAAAACCACAUUUGAAGCGUACUGCAACGGAGAUGGAAUCAUCGUCUCUUGAAGCCAGUCUUUCUCAAGAUGCUCAGCGAUUGCCCGUAGAGCCAACUAGUCAGUCGGAUCUCGACCUCAACACAAUUUCCUCUGAAGCCAAGGAUGCGAUCAGCUCCGCACUUGCCGAGAAUGUCUCUGCAUUUGCUGAGAAUGAGCGUCCGGCAAAGCGAAUCAAGUCUAACCACUCAACCCCAAAGUCCUUGGCAAGCCACGCCACCACGGCUGUCAUCAGCGCUCUGCUGGGUGGUCUGGGAACUAUCGCUGUGCUAGCAUCCUUGCCCAAUGAAUACUUCCAGUGA